AUGUUUGGUAUUUUAAAGCACACAAAAUUCGCCAGAUCACAUAUAAGUACUUCAAAUUUAUUCAACUAUCAAACUCGUCAAUUUUCUCAGUCAUUUAUUGUAUUAAGCAGGUUUUCCGAUUUAGCUAAAAAAGUCAAAGAAUCAUACCCAAUUUCCGAAAUAACACCACAAGAGCUUCACGCCUCACUUACUUCCUCUUCUAAUUUAUCCACAACACCUUCAUCACAACCUCCAAUCAUUAUUGAUAUUCGAGAAAAAGAUGAACAAUUAAGAGGGAUCAUACCAUCAGCCAUUCCUUUACCACGUGGUGUGUUGGAGAGAGAUGUCGAAAGAAAGGUGAUAAGUGUUGAAGAAGUUAAUGAUUUAGAAAAUGGAAGAGAUAUUAUUGUCUAUUGCGCUGGUGGUUUCAGAAGUGUUCUGGCAGCAGAAAGUUUACUUAGAUUAGGAUAUAAAAAAGAAAAUGUCAAAAGUUUAGCAGGUGGAUAUGAUGAUUGGAAAGAAAGUGGAUUUGAGGUUGCAGAUUAUGAAACUUCAAAAAAAAGUGCAAGCUAA